GAUGUGGAGUCGCUUCCCUUGCCAGGACCGGCGAGAUGUGUAGUUGCUUCCCCUGAGUUGAUCAGCGCAUAGCUUAAAAAGAUUUCAGAGUGGGACAGACCAGACAAAGAAAAUGGAUAUAACUUUUCAGUGUUUCCUUAGUGCCUUCGUUAUAUUAGGUGUUCUUAGAAUGACAACAGGGGCGUGUACCGAAAGAGAUCUCCAAGCCUGCACGUCAGGUAUGGCACAGAUACAAAGCAACCCUGGAGAUUUGAAUUUAGUGUGCAGACUUGUUAAAGAAACACUCGACUGUUUAAAAGCAAAACAACCCUCGUGUGAUAGCAGUUUUAAGAGCCAAUUGGACAUGGCAUUUUCACAAGCAAACAUGAUGUUCGCCAAUUGCCCAUCUGGUGACUGCGAUUACUUGAAAUGUAUGAGUAUGAUGAGUAGUAUGCCCCAGCAAGAAGGCAAAUUUGAAGAAACAUGCAAAAUAGCAAGACAAGCUGGCCACUGUUUUACGGAACAAAAACUUAAAUGUGCUAGCAAUCAACAAGCUAUAGCCCAGAUAGACGCCAUCAUGCCUGGUAUCCAGCAAAUACAGGGUAGUUGCCCAACAGAAAACUCCGGCAAAUGCGAUAUGGUAAAGUUCCAGACCUGCGCCAAUAGCACCCAGGCUUUGGCCCUCGGCCAGAGUGAAGACAAAGUUAAAAAAGUUGAAGCUUGCAAGUCACUUAUGAAGGCUAUAGAGUGUAUUCAAGAUGCUGUCGGUAGUUGUGAUAUGCCAGCCGUUAAAGCAAUGGUCAACCAGUCACUUUCUCACCUGGAAACGUAUCAAGCGGCCUGCAAAACAAUUAUCGAGGAAGAUGAAAAAGAUAUGAAAAAAAAUCAAAAAGAGGAAAAAACUGGGCAAACAGUUUCCACAGGCGAUGGAGGAAAUGGCGUCAAGCAGACGACCCAGUCUCCUGUUCUGAUUGUGACUUCAACCAUUGCACUACUGCUGUUAGCCAUAUUUAAUUAUUAACUGUUUUAGUUUUGUUAAUGUCUUUUAGCGUUUAAAAACGUUAUUUUUUUCUAGCCUUUUUCCCUUUUUAACAGAAAGAGCAGUAUUUUAAAGCAAUUUUCACUUGUCAGAGUUUUCUUAAAAAUGAUCCUUACCUUAUCAGUUUUAAGAAUUAGCCAACGAAAAUAAUAAUAAUCAUCUUAAUACAUUUGCUACAAUUUGCAAUACUUAAGAGUUUUAAAAUGUAUUAACAUGCCUUAUUUGUGCUCCUAAAGUGCUCUUUUUUAUUUUAAUUCAAUUUCCUUGAUAUACACUGAGUUAAAAGCAGCUGUUUAUGAAACAUGGAUAUUUUCUUUUAUAAUAAAACGAUACGUUGAUAAAUAUUGCUACGAUAAAGGACUUUUACAGACAAAAUCCGAAACUAAUGUAACAAACAAAAAAAUACAAUUAUAAAUCAUUCAAAGACAAUGAUGGUAGAACAUUUUAGUAUGAUGCAAGGAUAAUUUUAAAACAAAAAGGUUGCAGUCUUUUUUCUUUAACAUUGGAAGAGACCAAUUAACAAGGCUAACAAGGUGGAUGAAAACUUCCAGUGUUGAUGAUAUUAAGUGGCAUAUCCUGUAUAGUUUGGACUUGCUUGGUUUGAUAUAUAAUUAGUGUGUAUUCGCACAAAGAUUGAAUAGCAAAAUAUUUCCUUUUAAAACAUUUUGAAAUA